CCGAAUGGCACCGAGUUUGUCUUUGGGUUGUGUUGUUAAAAAUCAUAAAAAUUAAAAUGAUAUACCAGUAAAUUGACUGUGUGUCGCAAAUUCUUUUGCUGUUAGAUUUUCCCUCUAUUAUCUACAUAGUACUUGAGUAAUCAAUGAUGUUUGUUCGAGUAGCAAGAGUCCUUUCUUCAAACUAUAUAUUAAUGACUUCAAAGAACUGCCUUCGGCUGUCAAGGAUUAUUUGCCCCUUGGUGGGAAUUAAAGAAAUGUCGACAGGAAAACAUGGCAUCUCUGAUAAGCUCAAGGGAACUGAGAAAAAUAUAUGGGUGGAUUUUGGGAAGCUGGCUGCAGAAUGCAAAGCUUUGAAUCUUGGACAGGGUUUUCCCGAUUUCAUGCCACCCCAGCACGUACUGGAUGCUCUGGUGAAUGCAGCAAAGAGUGAUAACGUCACAGUCAACCAGUACACUCGUAGUCAGGGUCACCCUCGCCUUGUGAAGGCACUGGCCAAGCUAUACUCGCCACUGAUUGGUCAGACCAUUGACCCCAUGUCACAGCUCCUUGUGUCGGUUGGGGCAUACGGAGCCCUGUUCUGUGCAAUCCAGGGUCUGGUGAAUCCAGGAGAUGAGGUUAUCAUCAUCGAGCCAUUCUUUGACUGCUAUGAGCCAAUGGUACGAGUAGCAGGAGCAGUACCAAGAUUUAUUCCCCUUAGACCAACUAAGUCUGGGAAAACAACAUCAAGUGCCGACUGGAAGCUGGACCCUCAAGAACUGGAGAGUCUUUUUAACGAGAAAACCAAAUUGAUACUGAUGAACACACCCAACAACCCACUUGGAAAGGUGUUCACAAAGGACGAACUGGAGCUGAUAGCUGGCCUGUGUAUCAAGUAUGAUGUUGUGUGUAUUGCUGAUGAAGUGUAUGAAUGGCUGGUGUACAAAGCGAACAAACACAUAAAGAUUGCGUCUCUGCCAGGGAUGUUUGAAAGAACGCUGACAAUCGGGAGUGCAGGGAAGACGUUCAACGUGACGGGGUGGAAACUCGGUUGGACUGUGGGCCCGGAACACCUCAUGUUGGGGAUGAGGACCAUGCAUCAGAACUGUAACUACACGUGUCCAACAAUACUGCAGGAAGCCAUAGCUGCGAGUUUCGAGGUGGAACUGGGUCGUCUGGACAGCCCUGACAGUUACCUACAUCAGCUCCCUGUGGACCUGGAGCCGAAGCGUGACAGACUGGCACAGAUGUUGCAGGACGUCGGCAUGUCUCCCGUCAUCCCAGAAGGAGGCUAUUUCAUGUUGGCCGACAUUUCCACAUUUGAUACUCCCACGUCUGAUGAAGAUGAACCAAAAGAUUUUAAGUUUGUCAAGUGGAUGACGAAGGAGAAGAAACUGGCGUCAAUUCCUCCGUCAGCAUUUUAUAGCAAGGAGCACAAACACAUGGGAGAGAACUUCAUCCGAGUUUGUUUCAUCAAGGAAGAUGCAACUUUACAGAAAGCAGAACAGAUUUUGAAAGAAUGGAAGUCAUCACUGGGAAAAUGACAACAUUAACUUAUUAGGAAAAGAGAAUUGUUUGAAGUUUAGGGAUAAUAUUUGUAUUGUUUAUAAAAUCAAUGUCUACGGUCUCACUACACAGUUCACUUCAGGGACAGAGUUCAUUCAUCACGGUCCACUAUAGUUCCUAAUUGUGACACAUGUUAUAGUUCAC